AGGCCUGUUGAUGGCGAGCUGUGGGUUACUCUCAAUGAUGAGAUCCACAAGAUGAAGAAAAUCAUCGAGGAGGAUCACCCAGAGGCUCUCCUACAUGAAGACGACGCGCCCCAUAGCGUCUCGGAGUAUUCCUCGCCCAGUUGCCCUGAAACCCCGCCCCUCGACCCUGUCACAGUUUUCAAGCUCUGGCAAAUCUUCCUCGACCGUGUUAACCCACUCAUCAAAAUCAUCCACGCGCCAUCCGUACAAGCUUUGAUCGUAUCUGCCGCCACCGACAUUACUCUAAUUCCAUUAGACCAGCAGGCAUUGCUGCAUAGUAUCUUUGGUUUGGCGAUUCUCGCACUGAGGAGCGAUGAGCUAGCAGGCAUCUUGGGCGAGGACAAAACGCGAGAGGGUGUGUUGCAAGAUAUGUUGAAAAGCGUGAGCGGUGUGCUCGUUCGCUUUGACGCCUUGAAGCGUUACAAUAUGGUUGUCCUCCAAGCCCUGGUACACACCUCGAUUAUUCUCAUGGGUCAGUGCAACAAGCACGCGUCAUGGGUCCUUCUGGGCUCAUUGGUACGAAUUGCUAUGACAAUGGGUUACCAUCGUGAUGGUGCACGACUACAUCUGUCACCCUUCGAGACUGAAAUGCGUCGUCGCAUCUGGUGGCAGAUUGUCAUGUAUGACAUCAAACUGGGCAUCGACUGCGGUUUGGCAUACAGCUGUAUUCCCAAGCGCUUUGACACCAAGCAGCCCCUCAACCUCAAUGAUGCAGAUUUGUUUCCUGAUACCGCGGGUGAGCUGACGCCUAGAGAUGGCCCAACCGAGAUGGCAUUUGUCAUGAUAAUCCAUCGUGUGGCCGCAUAUCUGCUCGAUAAAGAGACGCGACAGGCCAUCGAGGCAAGUAUCCUCGGCCAAGAGAUACCCCUAACCAGUGUGGAACACAAUCGUACCCUCAUAGACAAGCUGGAUGCUGACCUCCUGGAUAUGGAGAAACGUUUCAUCAUCGCAAAGGCAAGCAACGCUCACGCGGCAGCCCUCGGAACUCGUCCACAUCUCAUCAAACGCCUACGCGACAUGAUGCGUCCCAUGCGCGAAUCGCCUGACUGGGGUGUUCACGUCUUCUCCCCUGGAGAUAACCUCUUCAAACUCAUUCUAUCCAGCUGCGAAAAUGCGAGCGACUCCUACGAACAGAUGGACCGAUGGGGCUUUGCUUGGUAUAUCCGUCUGCACUUCAACUUAGACCUCCUAGCCUCGCUGUCCACAUUUUUAUACCAUCGUCCUCUGAGUUCCUUGGCUGAGCGCGGCUGGACUAUCUUCACUUCCCCAUACAUCAGGGAUACCCUUCUGCAAGAACCCAAAUCGAAAACCGCAGUGAUCUCAGCACAAUUCACUCUGAGAGCCUACACCCAGCGAGAGCGCGCCCUGGCUGAUGCCGGACAGUGUGUUGAGACGCCCAACUUUAUCAUUAAACUUAGGCAAAUAAUCAAUUCA